AUGUCAUUCUGGGAUACGGGGAAGCCCUUCAAAGUGUUGAAGCUAAGUCCAGUCUUUCAUAGUGAGCCCGCCUGGAAGAAGUUUGAGGAGGAAAACGAAAAUGUCACUAUAGUGGAAACCGAAGCAUCGACUCCACAAGAGUUUGUUUUGGAGCUGGAGAGUGGCAAGUACAAGGACCUGAACUUCAUCUCGCAUACUUGGAAAUCGGAUAUAGUCACUGGUCCGUUCAACAGAGGGCUGUUAGAGCUGAUCAAGAAGCAUACCCAGGUGAAGGGGAUUGCGCAUUCGGCUGCAGGAUACGAUAGAAUCGAUGCGGUUGCCUGUGGAGAGCUGGGGAUCCAACUAUCCAAUGUUUCGGAUGCAGUUGCGCCAGCUACUGCAGAUACGAACGUCUUCUUGAUCUUGAGUACAACAAGGAAUUUCCAGCUUGCACACGAUAGUCUAAUGAAAGGCCAAUGGAAGAAUGGAAUGAAUAUUGGAAUGUCCAUCCAACAUGCAACCAUUGGUAUUUUGGGCAUGGGUAACAUUGGUAGGGCUAUCAGAGACAGGUUGCUUGGAUUUGGUGUUAAAAAGAUACUUUACUACAACAGAAGCAGGUUACCAUCGGAGCUUGAAAAGGACUCCGAAUAUUGUUCCACGAUUGAAGAACUGGUUUCGAAGAGUGAUGUCAUUUCAAUAAGUCUCCCACUCAAUGAGAAUACAUACCAUUUGAUCAAUGCCGAUUUGAUCGGCCAUAUGAAGAAUGGCGUGGUCAUUGUCAACACCGGAAGAGGAGCAGUUGUGGAUGAAGCCUCCAUCAAGGAAGGUAUAAAAAGUGGCAAAAUCAGAAGCUACGGGUCGGAUGUUUUCGAAAAUGAACCCAAUGUAGACCAAGAGUUGGUCAAUAUGUCCCAGGUUGUUUCACUGCCUCAUUUUGGUGGUUCAACGCUGGAAACCCACAUAGAUAUGGAGAAUGAUGUGGUCAGAAAUGUCGAGUCUUUCUAUAAAACCGGUCUGGUUAAAAACCUCGUUCCAGAUCACAAGGGCCUCUUUCAGCAUCUGUAA